AUGCCGUUGGUUCGUCCGGCAUUGACGACCGAACUGACCAAGGAUGUGUUCGUUAAACAGAUCCAUUCUCACAACGACUACUGGAGAGAGUAUCCGUGUCUCACUGCUUUGAGCCUCGGAGUCCAGUCGAUCGAGGCUGACGUUUGGGUUUUCCCCGAGCUCAACGACUCCACUGUCUACGUGGGUCACAAUCUCGCCUCGUUGACGCCGGACAGAACAUUCGAGAGUCUGUAUUUGAACCCUAUCAUGUCGCUCAUCGAAGCCUUUAACCCGGUCACCGAUGAAACCAAGGAAGCCGACACCCUGAACGGGGUUUUCGAUACCGACUCCGGGGCAACCCUGUAUCUAUUUGUGGAUAUGAAGACCGAUGGACUCGCUACAUGGCCGUACGUUUACAACGCUCUAGAGCCGCUUAGAAAGAAAAACUACCUGAGCACCUACGACAGUGCCAACGGCACCUGGAAACAGGGUCCGGUUACCGUUAUCGGUACCGGCAACACACCGUUCGAGCAGGUGGAGAAGCUUACUGCCAGAGACGUGUUUUUCGACGGCGUUCUGGGCGGUCUGAACGAUUCGUUCACAGCCUACAUAUCGCCGAUCGCGUCAAGCUCCCUCGAGGCGUUGGUGGGGAAGGUGGAGAGCGUUGACGGUCUCAACUCCAGCCAGACCCAGCAGCUCAGCCAGGCUAUCAGCGACGCACACGCCAAGGGCAUCUACACACGGAUUUGGGAAACUCCGUGGUGGCCUGUCGAGAAGCAGACGAACGUCUGGCGCCAGAUCCUGCAGGCUGGCUCGGACUUCCUAAAUGCGGACGACCUUGAGUACGCGGUCCACUUUCAGUAG